AUGACGACUCGGGUCGAGUCGGCCUUCACCGAGGACACCAUCUACGCCCUGUCCACCGCACCAGGCCGUGCCGGCAUCGCGGUCAUUCGCAUCUCAGGCCCGGCCUGUCUGGAUAUCUAUCGCCAGCUCUGUCCGUCCAGAGCCCUCCCUCCACCUCGCCAAGCCACGGUGCGCACCCUCUACGACCCCAGCGCGCCACCAACGGCCAACGUCCUCGACCCUAGUGCCCUAAUCCUCUACUUUGCCGGCCCCAGGACCGUCACAGGCGAUGACGUCCUCGAGCUCCAUGUGCACGGCGGCCAGGCCACCGUCAAGGCCGUCCUCGCCGCCAUUCCAAGGUGCGCCAGUGCCUCGGUGGCCGUCGUCCGCUACGCUGAGCCGGGCGAGUUCACGCGCCGCGCCUUCCUCAACGACCGCCUCGAUCUCACGCAGGUCGAGAGCCUGGGCGACACCCUGGCCGCCGACACGGAGCAGCAGCGCUGGCGCCGUCAGGGGCUCAUCUGGCGCCCUGGCCGCACCUACGAGGAUGGCGCGCGACGGAGCGGUAUUCGCAUCGCCCUGCUGGGACCCCCGAACGUGGGCAAGAGCUCGCUCAUGAACCUCGUCAUUGGCCGCGAGGCGUCCAUCGUGUCGGGUGAGGCGGGCACCACGAGGGAUAUUGUCGAGGCGAGUCUCGACAUCCGCGGAUUUCUCUGCCUCUUUGCCGAUACGGCUGGAUUCAGGGGUGAGGCGAGCCUCGAGAGUGGGGGAUCUGUAGGCGCCGUGGAGAGGGAGGGCAUCCGCCGCGCCAAGCAGAAGGCGCUCGACUCGCACAUUGUCGUCGUGCUGGCCGCCGUUGAGCCGACCCCUGACGGCCAUGCCAUUGUCUACGAUGCGGAGACGGUCGAGCUCGCCGCGCAGGCCCAGGCAGCGAUCUCGUCGGAGGCGCAGGACGCCACCUCUCGCGGAACUCACAGCACCACCAGCAACGGCGGCGUCGACACCUUCAUCGACACGCUCGCCGGCCUCUUUGGCGACAUGACGAGCCUGCCCGUCGAGAUGCAGGACAUGCUGGGCGUCACGGCGCGCCAGAGGCAGCUGCUGGACCAGUGCGGCGCCUGGCUCGACGAGUACAUGGCCAUCGCCGAGGCGGGCGACCAGCAGGACCCCGAUGUCGUGCUCGCGGCGGAGCACCUGCGGUACGCGGCCGAGUGUCUGGCCAAGAUCACUGGCCGCGGCGAGGGGGGCGAUGUCGAGGAGGUGCUGGGUGUCAUCUUUGAGAAGUGA